AUGGUGCAGUGCAGUCCUCAGAGAAGACGCCUGUGCACUAGUUUGAUCAAAGAAUUCUUUGGAGAUACCGUAGAGAGAGUCUGCAAUGUGCUGACAGCGCGCGGCCAGCAAACUUUGCCAGAGGUGGUGCGCGCAAGCGGCCUGCCACCUUCUGCAGUGCGCAGCGCACUGCUUGUGCUGCUGCAGCACAAUUUCGUGAUCUCUGAGCUUGUGCAGCCGGACACAGGCCUGCGAGCCCCCCAGGCUCCGUACUUCCUGUACCAUGCAGACACAGGGGCCAUCAUUCAGAUCCUGCGGAGACCUCGUAUCCUGCAGCAUGUGCAGCGAGAAUAUGGAGGACCCGGGGAGAGCGACAUGGCAGUGAAGAUCAUCGAGGUGCUGCUGGCGCAUGGGCGGCUGCGGCUGGACCAGGUGGCGGCGGCGGUGGCGGCACGGAUGGAGCGGCCGGAGGGGGAGGUCCGGGGGGACCUGCACGCGCGCUUCAUAUCCCUUGUCAACGGCCGCCACAUCGAGCGCGUCCCCCCGGCUGACAUGCCGCUGCGCAAGCCCGUGGCCUUCACCAAAGCGCAGGCAAAGAGGGCGGCGCCGAAGCCGGGCACGCCGGAGGCGGCGGUGCAGGAGGCGGAAGCUGUGCGGCAGCUGGCGCAGGACUCCUACUCGGCCGAGCGCUUCCGGUUGCCACGCGAUCUCACCGGCGCUCCCGACACCACCCGCGACCCCAGACUCUCCAAGCAGGCGGGGCGGGGAAAGAGGAAGCGCGAUGAUGCAGAUGCGGCCAGCCAGCGGUCAGAUGCAGCCUCAGCACAGGAGUUGUGGCGUGUCAACUUUGAGGAAUUUAACUGCAGGCUCAGGGACGAGGCAUGCGCAGAGUACGUGGCAGUGAUAUACGGGCGGGAGGCGGGCGCAUUGGUGGCGGCUCUGCUGACCUGUGCUGCGCGGCAGCCGGGCGGCAGCCGCCUGGACAGCGGCGCAUCGGCCGCCGUGUCGGUGUUGGCCGCCGCCGCCGCGCUGCCGCAGAUGCGGCGCUCCCGGCCGGACCUCCCCGUGCUCACCGGCGCAGCCGCCGCGCGCGUGCUCGGUGAGCUGACGGAGGAUGCCAGGAGCGGCGUGACGCGCAGCGGAUCGUCUGGGGUUGCAAACGAGGCGUUCAUCGUUGACACUGGCGCCAUCACCCGAGCCAUACGCCAGCAGCAUAUUGAGGCCCUUGUUCGAGAGCGCUUCCCUCCCAUCGGCAUGCGCGUGUUCCGGCUGCUGUGCGCAAAGAAGCAGCUGGAGCAGAAGCAGGUGGCCGACUAUGCGAUGGUCCCCGUGCGCGACGCGCGAGAGCUGCUCUACCGCAUGCUGCGCGCCGGCUUCCUCACCCUCCAGGACGUGCCGAGGACUGCGGACCACUCGGCCUCGCGCACGUUCUACACGUGGCGUGUGGACAGCACGGCAGUGACGAGGCGCGUGGGCGAGGAGCUGCUGCAGGCGGCCGGCAACCUCCGCGCGCGCCUGCACCACGAGCUCUCCGAGCACGCCGAGGCACCAAAGGUGCUGAAGCGGGUGGAGGCUGGAGACACGGCGCUGCAGCCGCACGAUAAGGCUGAGGUGGAGAGGGUGUGCCGAGUGAGCGCUCUGCUGGAGACGCGGCUCAUCGCCCUGGACCCGCUCAUAGCGCUCUUCCACCAGAACUGA